AUGCUACCGAAUAUCCUCAAGUUCCUAUUAGUUCUGUUAUCACUAAACCAGCUAGUGAAAGGUUCUACUGGUGAUCAAUUAGACGAAUUCCAGAGAUGUGUUGAAGCUUGUUCUCAAACGACGUGUCAGCAAGAUUUGGGACAAGACGAGUCCAACAAUGAGUUUUUGUCAUUGGGAUACCAAGAAAUGCCAUUGUCACUCCCAUUGAAAUUACUAUUCUGGGACUGUGAAUCGAAUUGUGAUUAUCAGUGCCAAGAGAUUAUCAACUUCCUCAGAAAAAGAGAUGAGCAAGAACUUUAUCAAUUCCAUGGCAAGUGGUUUUUUGUGAGAUAUUUCAAUAUUCAGGAACCGGCUUCGUGUAUUUUCUCAUUCUUUAACCUUAUAUCGCAUUGGUUGGGGCUCAAAUUAUUGAAUCAAGAAAUCAUGAAAUUCAAGAAAUUGAACUUAAUCAAUAAUUUGAAAUAUGUCAAUAACUUGAUUGCGCUUUUUGAAAACUAUAAGAUUAUGUGCAAAAUCACCAUUUGUGCAUGGAUAUUCUCGACAAUUUUCCAUUUCCGUGACUUGAACCUCACCGAAAAAUUGGAUUAUUUCUUUGCCGGUGCCACGGUUUUAAGUGGUCUUUAUGUUGCCGCGCUUCGUUCCUUCAAGCUCUACAAAGGGUCACCAAGAAGAAUGAUUUUGCUCAGAUUUAUCGUUGGCUUUGUGUACGCCUGUCACGUACUUCGACUUCUUAUCGACUGGUCGUAUACCUACAAUAUGCAGAUAAAUGUGGUUUGGGCGGUGAUCCAGUACGGAUUAUGGGCGUACUUUUCGAUAACUUCUUAUAUGAAAUACUCGGAGUACUUAUUCAAAAAAGAUUUCAAAAAGAAGCAAAUUGUCGAGAAAUUAUUGGGGGAGAAUGAAAAGAAAAUUCCUACUACUACUACUAGUACUACUAAGCAAUGGUCAUGGGAUAUUGAGGAUCAUCCAAAAUUCUACAUUUUGUGUCUCAAGUACUGUCCAAAUUGGGAGAACAUUAAAUGUUUGACCCCAAUCGGAUUGUCUAUUUGGGUGAGCUGUGGGUUGAUUUUUGAACUUUUUGAUUUCCCUCCUUGGAGAGAUAUGAUCGAUGCCCAUUCACUCUGGCAUUUGACCACCGUUUUACCAGGAUAUGUAUGGUACCAUUGGAUGAUUUGGGACGGGAACAAGUUGAAAGAACAAAUCCUUUAG